CACUGCUGCUCUGAUUGGCUGAUUCACAGGUGGGCACGCAGCUGAUUCGUGGAAUUUCGGGAGGAGAGAGGAAGAGGACGAACAUCGGCAUGGAGUUGAUCAUCGAUCCAUCAGUGCUUUUCCUGGACGAGCCGACAACAGGCCUCGACGCCAGCACUGCCAACUCUGUCCUCAUGCUGCUGAAGAAAAUGGCUCUCAACGGUCGCACCAUCAUCCUCUCCAUCCAUCAGCCGCGCUACUCCAUCUAUCGUCUGUUCGACAGCCUGACGCUCCUGGUGGGAGGAAGGCUGGUGUAUCACGGGCCGGCUCAGGACGCCCUGCAGUACUUCAGUGAGAUCGGAUACACCUGUGAACCUCAUAACAACCCUGCUGAUUUCUUCCUGGAUGUCAUCAACGGAGACUCGACGGCUGUAACUCUCAACAAGUUACACAACAAUGAGGAACUGGACCAGGAUCAGCUGAGUUCGUCUCUGAAGGGCAUCGCGGAUCGUUUAGUGGAGGAAUACAGGAAUAGCUCCAGCUUCAAACACACCAAAGGUGAACUGGAUCGCAUCAUUCAGGGUCAGGAGAACAGCAUUGGGGUCAAAAUCAAAACCAGAACCGUCACCUACAGCACGUCCUUCUUCCACCAGUUCAACUGGGUCCUCAAGAGAACCUUCCGGAACCUGAUGCUCAACCCACAGACCUCCUUCGCUCAGAUCGGGGUCAUAAUCUUCCUGGCUCUGGUUGUUGGAGCGAUAUUUUUCGGAUUGAAGUUAAACUCGAGUGGGAUUCAGAACCGGAUGGGCGCAUUAUUCUUCAUCACUACUAAUCAGUGCUUUAAUACAAUUUCAGCAGUUGAACUCUUCAUCACAGAGAGGAAACUCUUUGUGCACGAGUACAUCAGCGGCUACUACAGAGUGUCUGUGUACUUUCUGUCGAAGCUUCUGUCUGACAUCAUCAUGCUGCGCACCAUCCCUGUCAUCAUCUUUAGCUGUGUGGCCUACUGGAUGAUCGGCCUGAAGGCAUCUGUGGAGGCGUUCUUAAUCUUCUUAUUCUCCAUCCUGAUGGUCUCGUACACGGCGACUUCCUUGACUCUGGCCAUCUCUGCGGAUCAGACGGUGGUGGCCAUUGCUAACAUCUUUUUGACCAUCAGCUUUGUCUUCAUGAUGAUCUUCUCUGGGCUGCUGGUGAAUCUCCCCAGUGUGGCUAAUUGGUUGAACUGGUUGAAGUACUUCAGUAUUCCUCGUUACGGUCUCGCUGCUCUGCAAAUCAACGAGUUCACCGGCCUCAGUUUCUGUGACACCAGGAACACAACCGGCACGCCAGAGAGAGUUUGCACCGCAGGCGAGGAGUUCCUGAUGGAUCAGGGCAUCAAUAAUUCAGCCUGGGGUUUGUGGCAGAAUCACUUGGCUCUGGCAAUCAUGACCUUCAUUUUCCUGGUAAUUGCUUACCUCAAGCUGCGCUUCAUCAAGAAAUUCACAUAAUCUCAGAUCAUCGUCUUCCUCACACACUCCUUCAUCAUAAGACACCGUUUUCACACGGAACCAAUCAAUCAUCCUGUACUGAAGUCAUACAAUCGUCUACAAUACAAUCAGCUUUAACUGUGCUCA